CGCUGAACAGUGACCUUCUUCGAGUGGUCCAGUGCAGUACUUAUAUACUAGAGAUGGCAGGUGCUGCAUUCAGUGGCUGGUGGACUAAAGUGGCCCCCUACUACACCAAAGCAUACCAGGAGAUGUGGGUCGGUGUAGGAAUCAUGACUUUCAUGUACUACAAACUUUCAUAUGGAGGAAAGAAGAAAGCAGUGCAGUCAAAGCCUGCCCACUGAUUGGACCACCGGCUCGUCAUUCCCCAUGUCCUCACUGUAAAUCUUCCCCUGAAGAACUUCCCCUGGAUAUUCCUAUUUUGUUUUAUGUAAACAAUAAACCGCUUGAUUUGGAUCCCACUAUGGACAAUUCACUGCUUUGUAGUCUUUCACUCUGUCUUGCAGGAAAUUAAUAUCGGCAAACAUGAAACUGUUUGAUUGUUAAUUUAUGGAAUAAAACAAUAAAAGAAGUCCUGCAAAAAGUG